AUGAAAGCACCAAAGAGCAGUAAGAGUGGAGGAGGAAUAGUCAAAAAGGAGCCACUGGUGGAAAAGGAAAGACACAAGAAACUCAAAAUCAGUUUAGGUGGGAAGCACUCCCACUCACAAGAGAAAGCCAAGUCGACUACGGCAGCACCAGCAUCGUCAUCAUCGUCAUCAACAUCCAAGCUAGGUAAAGUGACGAAUAUUCGAGUCAAACCAACCAGGAUACCGGGGGAAGGAUACGAUGCCGAAGCUCCAGAUUUGGAAGAUGAUCCAUUAGUGGAGGAAGGGAUCGUGAUACGGUUUCUUAACGAUAUAAAUCUUGAAGCAGUUCAAAGUGCUGUUGAUACCGGGAAUUUAUCUAAUAUUUUUAUUAAAUGGCUUACAAAGGAGAAAGCGGUGGUCCAUGUUAACCAGACGUUAUAUUCCGCCAGAUUGAUUGAUUUACCAACGCUUACAGAGCUUUACAAGACCGUUGAUAAGAAAAAUAUAUACAAGACAAUUGAUAUUUGUCAAAUAUUACUAGUACUCCAUCCUAUUAAUCCGGAGGAUUUUAACAUUGAAAGAGAUUUCGAAAUAGUUUCUGACGAGACCUAUGUUCAUCCAUUAUAUAAAAUGUCACCUAAUCAAGAGAUCAAGCCAACCCGUAUAAUACAUAAGGAUGGGUUAUCGUAUCCAUAUGAGGGAGUUCAUCGAAGAUUCAGGCCUCGGAAAGUUAGUCAUCGGGUCAUGGAUGACAUUGAUACAAGAGUAGCCGAGCUCAUUAAAAGAGACAACAAAUCUGACGAAACUCAUUAUGAAUUAGUUGAUUUGAAUAAAGUGAAUAGAUAUCGUACUGGAACAUCCAGCACCGCAUCAUCUUCUGUUAGCACUCCAUUACCAAACAAUGAAGCUACUACUAUUAAAAGAGAAGGUGGAGAAGGUCAACAAGAAGAAGGUCAGCAACUUCAAAAUGACGUUGAUUUAUUGGAGAAUGCUUUACAACAAGAAUUAGAAGCAUUGGAAGAUGAUGAAUCAGACGAAGAAGAUGCGACUAAAGCACAUGAAAAUGAAGAGGAAAAUGAAGAUGAAGAUGAAGAUAUGAAUGAACUUUUUGAAGGGACUGGAGAACAACCAGAACAACAAGAAGAAGAAGACGACGAAGAGGAUGAAGAAGAAGAGGAAGAAGACGAUGACGAUGACGAAGACGAAAAUGUUAAACAAGAAAAGAGCAAAGCCAAAAAAUUAGAAGAAGAUAUAGUGGAUCUCGAACAAGUCUUAAAAUCUCAAAAGGAAAAAUACGGUAACAAUCCAAAUAAAAUGAUCCAAAUGAAGUACCAAUCUAACAUGGGUACCCUCAGGGGCCAGCUUGAGAUUAAGAAGAGAGAAUUGGCCAAGAUCCGAGACGAACAGCAAAAAUUACAAGAGAAACUGGCCCCUAAUCAUGCAAUUGAUCCAAAUCAAAGAGAAGAACAAGAAGAGGAUAAUAAUAAUGAAGAUGAUGACGACGACGAAGGGGAAGACCUAGACGGGUUAUUCUAA